UUUUGUGUCUGAAAGUAAUGCAUUUUCCUCAAAUACUCUCUUUUGUGUUUAGCAAUAUUUUUUGUGGUCUUUACAGACUUAAAACAGUGGGGGAGGAUUACAAAACGUUUUCCUGUUUCUUUUUAAGAACAAAAAGUGUCUUAAAAACACUUUAUGUACUGGAUGUACAUUUCUGGUUUCAACUGAGUUGUGUGUCUGUUUUUGACACAAGCACUGAAUGAUCCCGAGUGUGUCAAGACUGUGUAGUUUUUAACCAAAUUAGCUCUCGCCUAUAAUGAUGAUGAUGAGCAAAUUCAUUUGAAUUUGAACUGUGAACAGUAUAGAUCAUGAACAUGUGAUUCAAUUCAGUAGUUCUUUGUGCAAAAUGGAAAAUUGCAUCAUUAACAUAGGAACCUACAUCUCAAAUUGUGCUGACUGUUUUUACAGCGAGUGUGAGAAGAAGAAAGGGAGAAAGUCUUGCAGAGUUUAGUGUGUCUAUAAAUAGUUUGUCCUAAUGAAACUAGACCACAGCACAGUCGCACUGACAAGCAGUCAAUGUUAUUUUAUCCAGAACAUAACAUUCAGCUCAUCCAUUGGUCUAUUCAUAAUCAGUGUAGACUACUGUAAUGGUCUUCCAACUGGAUUCCCACAAAAUUACACCGCUGAACCCUACAAGACAGAAACUUCCACAGUUUGGAUUCUCACAUUUCCGAUGGUACCUGAACUUAUUUGUCAACAGUUUGCUGAAAAGUCUAUUGUUCAGUGUGAAUAUACAGUAUUGAAAACAUGUUUGAUCAUGUUCCUAUGCUACACAAACAUAAUAAUUAUAGAAUAGUGAACAAAAGUAAGAAAAUGCAUUCUAAAAGUUGCUCUUUAUUUACAUGUAUACAUUUUAGUGUUAUCUGUGUGUUAGCAAAGGGGAUUCCCUCCUAGAAGCUAUUGCUGUUUGGGGGGAAGAGAGGGGGCUUAGCAUGGAAGAGUCAGGGUUCUGUACCUCUCAUGUUCUCACCGUAAAAGACACAAGCCCACACGUUAUUACUGUCACUUUCUCACCCCUGCAGGUCUGCAUGAUUUCCCCUCCCACUCGCCCACUCUCUUCCUAUCUCUGUCUGUGAAUGCCGCAGGCCUCUCGCCCCAGUCCAGAUUUAGACCUCAGUCUUUCCCAGAUAUUCUGACCCAGCUGUCUGUAGCUGCCUGCUGUUGCUUUGACUCCCUUUGUUGCUUUGUUUCGUCUACUGUCCUCUCUUUUUCUAUCCGUUUUUGCUGCGUGUGACCUCUUCGAACUCUUCUUGUCUGUUUGACGUGACAGCAGAAUUCUCAGAGAUGUUACAGUUGGUCAGCUGCGUGGUUGGGCUAGUGUAGUCUUUUGUUUUCCAUGUCCAGGUUUUUGCUUCAUGACAGUCUGGUUCCACGGAGGCAGACGUCCUGCUCCAGACAUGGAGCCUCUUCCUGAAAUUCCUUUAUUUGAAUUGGAUGAUGAAGAGGACAAAGUGGAAAAUAUUCACUCAGAAUAUGGCAGCUGCAGAUAUGCAGCAUACCCCAUUGCGCCCCCUGCAGAUCAGGAUCCUGACACGUUUGUGUAUAUGAACUUUAUGAAGACUCACCAUUGCUAUGACACCAUCCCUACCAGCUCCAAACUGGUCAUCUUUGACACAACACUACAGGUUAAGAAGGCUUUCUUCGCUCUGGUGGCUAAUGGUGUGAGGGCGGCACCACUGUGGGACAGCAAACUCCAGUGUUUUGUGGGGAUGCUGACUAUUACUGACUUCAUCAACAUUCUCCAUCGAUACUACAAGUCUCCUCUGGUUCAGAUCUAUGAGCUGGAAGAACAUAAGAUAGAAACAUGGCGAGAAAUUUAUCUCCAAUACUCAGUGAACAGACUGAUCAGUAUCACCCCAGAGUCCAGUCUGUUUGAUGCCAUUUACUCCCUGCUGAAGAAUAAGAUCCACCGGCUGCCGGUCAUCGACCCAGUGUCAGGGAACGUCCUCCACAUCCUUACUCACAAACGCAUCCUCAAAUUCCUCCACAUUUUUGGAUCUAAAAUUCCUAAACCCAGGUUCCUUCAAAAGCGUAUCAGCGAAGUGGCGAUUGGUACCUUCAGAGAGAUUGCAACGGUCCAGGAAUCAGCCUCAGUCUAUGAAGCUUUGUCAAUUUUUGUAGAGAGAAGAGUAUCAGCCUUGCCUGUGGUCAAUGACCAAGGUAAAGUGGUGGCUCUCUACUCACGGUUUGAUGUCAUUAAUCUUGCAGCCCAGAAAAACUACAACAACCUGAACAUGACGAUGCACGAAGCUGUCGCCUCCAGAGCUUGUUGCCUGGAAGGAGUCCUGAAGUGUUACCCUUACGAAACACUGGAGAUUAUUAUUGACCGGAUUGCAAAAGCAGAGGUGCAUCGAUUAGUCUUGGUUGACAAAGACGAUGUGGUGAGGGGCAUUGUUUCCUUAUCUGACCUCCUACAAGCUCUGAUCCUUACUCCUGCAGUGUCUCUUCAAGUAGUUGCUCCUUCAAACUGCAAGAUCUCCUCUGAGAUGUGCCACCAACACCAUGUUCAACACUAAGACAUGCACUGUGUGACAGAUCAAGACUGAUGGAAGUCAUGAAGAGGCUGCUCACAUUAAAAUCAUGUGGCCACACAAAACUGUGACUGAAUAACCACUGAUCCAAACUGUACAGGUUUGGAGGAAAAAUAGAAGAACUGACUCUUCUUCUUCUUUUGUGAUGCUGCUCAGCUACUGAUGAUGAUGUUUCUUAAGAUCAUGGACAGUUAAACAAAAAAAACAUUUUGGAAUGUUUUGCAAGGUGCUUAUACAACCUGUUCAACAUUACUGUACUUAUUAACUGAUUGAUUGAUUUUCGUCUUAGAUUCACUGCAUAUCUACUGCACUUAUGCAUCUGUGAAA